AUGUCGUAUCGACCAAUAAAAAAGGUAAACCCAUAAAUAUAUAUAUAUAUUUGGACACCGUUAUGAAGCAUGAUGUGUGUGAGCCGAAGGGCUGGAAAGCACCUUUUUUUCUCUCCUCCUGCUGACGACACGACGGUGACUCUGUGCGUCCGUACAGGAGCCAUCACCAUCAUCAUCAUCACCAUCAUCAUCAUGUUUACCUGAACGCGGAUAACGGGGCUGACAAAUGGCCUGGAAAUAAACACAAAUAACACCUGCGGCUCUCGACCGUGAACGGAACAGGAUCCGCUCGCCGUUUCCUAAAGGCUCUGUGUCUCGUGAGGAGCCAAGAAAAACCGCUCCAAAUGUCAACUUGUGCAGUGACAAACUUCAACAAUGGCUUGGAGGCCAGUUCAGACUCUGAUGACGAGGACAAGCUACACAUUGUGGAGGAGGACAGCCUGCAGGAGCCCGAGGUCGCUGAUGCCGAUGGGACCGCGCUGCAGGACAGCCAUGACGCCGCCACAACAGUAUUACCCCUCAACGGCUCCUGGAACGGAGUGAAGGAGGAGUGUGUGUCAGAAGAGGAAGAUGAGGCAGUGAAGGACGCUCUAGUGGAGGAGAUACUCCAGCAGGGAGACACAGCCAUCAUCUAUCCUGAGGCUCCCGAGGACGAGCAGAGUCCAGCGGAGACAGGAGGCGCUGAUGAAAACGGAACACCGGAUUCCUUCUCCCAGUUGCACACUUGCCCCUACUGCUCCCGGGGCUACAAACGCAACGCCUCGCUGAAGGAGCACAUCAAGUAUCGCCACGAGACCAGCGAGGACAACUACAGCUGCUCGCACUGCAGCUACACCUUCACCUACCGCUCGCAGCUGGAGAGGCACAUGAGCCACCACAGGGGAACCAGGGAGCAGCGUCUCGUUUCCCAGUCGACAGUAGGAUCAGGAGGAACAGGUGGAACCCGCAAGUUCAAGUGUACUGAAUGUUCCAAGGCCUUCAAAUACAAGCACCACCUGAAGGAGCACCUGCGCAUUCACAGCGGUGAGAAACCAUAUGAAUGCUCAAACUGCAAGAAGCGAUUCUCCCACUCAGGCUCCUACAGCUCCCACAUCAGUAGUAAGAAGUGUGUGGGUGCAGCACCUCCCAACGGCGUCGCUCGGACGUCGAUCAAGUCCCCCCCACCCACCACCCAGACCACACCUGUUGUAAUCGCCCCGGCCCGUGUGAUUCUUAAAGAGAAGACUGACAGUAAACCCCUUCAGGAGCAGCUCCCCGUCACCCAGAUCAAAUCUGAGCCUGUGGAAUACGAGUGCAAGCCCGCGAUGGCAGCGCCGGCAACUUCAGCCGGUACCAACGGAGUGGUGAACGGAGGGACCGCUCAACCAGCUGCGGUCCCCGCUGCAACCCUGCCUCAGGGCGUGGCCAUGGUCGUGCCCACAGUGGGCCUGAUGUCGCCCAUCAGCAUCAAUCUGAAUGACUUGCAGAAUGUGCUCAAGGUUGCGAUGGACGGGAAUGUGCUCCGCCAGGUGCUGGGUACGGCUAACGGGGUGGUGACGCAGGGGAAGCAGGGGAUUGUGGUGCAGCAGCCGCAGCAGCAGAUCAUCAGCCUGCCGGCUUUCGUGGAUCACGACGGCACCACGAAGAUCAUCAUCAACUACAGCAUCAGCCCUGCAGCCGCCACCACUGCCACUACCCAGCCCACACCUCUUGUUGUCAAAAACAACCCUCCCCCAGCCCCCGCUGUGACUAGCACUGCUGCAGCCCCCACCCCCAGCAAGACAGAUAAAGCCAAGACCCCAGAGGCGGCUGACCUCACUAUCGUCAAGGCAGAGCCAGAGUCAGUACCCGUCACAGACGUGGAGGCAGAGGAAGACACACCGGCAGAAAUGGAAAUUGUUAAAACUUCAGACACAGCUCAGAUGCCAAAAGCCAACACCACCAGUACAUGUUUACUAUGUGACGACUGUCCCGACAACCUGGAGGCGUUGCACCUCCUCCAGCACCGUAAAGCAGCCAACGGGGAGGCCGUCGACUCGGCCGCCCUGGAUCCCUCGUUUGCUGCUUUGCUAAGUGAAGCAGGAGUGACGCUGGAGGAGCCGCCCGUGGACGACCUCCUCUCACUCCUCAAGACCUACUUCGCCUCAAAUGCCAACCCCAGCGAGGAGGAGCUGACAAAGAUCUCAGAGUCUGUUAGUAUUCCAGUGGAUGUGGUCAGAAAGUGGUUUGCCAAGAUGAACUCUGGGAAAAACAUGGGCAAAAACCGCAGUGACACUACAGCGGUCUCCAAAAAGACUGAAACCACGAAUUUCAGCUCAGAGGACACUUCCAAUCAGAAUGGAGAGGAAGAAGACGACAACCAGGAAACUCCCAACAAAGCCUCAUCAGAAUCUGGAAGCACUUCUCCGUCAGGCUCCACCUCACAAGGCGUCAACACCGGGGACCUCGUCAUUGUUAAAAGCGAGCCAGAGGACCCAGAGGCCCCAGACUCCCAGGCAGAGCCCCUGGACCUCUCCCUCCCUAAGCAUAUCGCAUCAGCAUUGGAAACCAAAACGACCACGCCUCCCGCCAAGCAGCAGGAGCAGCCCCUGAACCUGACCUGCCUGAGGAAGGAGCAGCUCGAGGGUCGGACCAUCUACGUCACCACACCUCAGACCGGAAGACCUGUCAACAUCGUCACUGCCGCACAGCUGCCCACGUUAGUGGCCAUUGCUAGUCAGGGCACAGUGGGCUGUCUCAGCGCCAUCAACACCACGACGAAGCGAACCAUCCUCAUCCCCCAGCUCACCUACACCUACGCCACUACAGCCGGCAACGCCUCUGGAGCAAAGACUGUCGUACUCAACGGCCAUAAGCAGGAGAAACGUUCGGACAGCGGCUCAGACGGCGUGUCCACGGUGGAGGAGCAGAACGACUCGGACUCGGCCGGACUGACGAAGAAGCGACGGCUGGAAAACGGCGUCUACCCCUGUGAUCUCUGCUCCAAGGUCUUCCAGAAGGGCAGCUCCCUGCUCAGGCACAAAUACGAACACACAGGAAAACGGCCUCAUGAGUGCAACGUCUGCAAGAAGGCCUUCAAACACAAACACCACCUGAUCGAACACUCGAGGUUGCACUCCGGUGAGAAGCCGUACCAGUGUGACAAGUGUGGGAAGCGUUUCUCUCACUCCGGCUCAUACUCCCAACACAUGAACCACCGCUACUCCUACUGCAAGAAGGACGGGUCCAGCUCCGGUCCUGGUUCAGUGCCACGCAGGGCUCAGUCGGAGCUCGGCAGUCCGGGCGCCGGGCCGCAGUCGGACAGCCGGACAACUACCCCGCCCUCCCAACUGGACUCAGAUGAGAGGGAGAGCGAGGAAGAGGAGGACGAAGACGACGAGGCCAUGUGUAUGGAUGACAUCCGGGUCGUGCAGGUGGAUGACGGCGAGUGCGAGAUCUACGAGGGCAACUUCGACGACGACGAGGAGGACGGAGAGGAGAUGGAAGAGACGUCGAGAGAGGAAGAGACGGGAACAGAAAAGAUGGAGAAGGAGUUUGUGUGCGACGUGGUGGAGAUUGAGCUCGGGGACGAUCACAUGGAGGACGAAGAGAUGGAGGAGAGAGGUGAAGAAAAGCAGGAAGCAGCAGCAGGUGUGGAAACAAAGGAAACAGCAGACUGUGAAGCAAAUACGGACACGAGCGUCAGGGAGGAGUCAGACAGCACCGAACCCACAGAGGAAGUGGUGACAAACGCCAAAUAAAAAGGAAGGAAAAUCUCCUCGGGACAGUUCGAAUGUGUCGGUCAUUAAAGUCGAGUUGAAGACAAAACCGCAUCUUGCCAUCGGAAGAAAGUCACGGCGGUUGCCUGAUUUUAACGGUCCACUACUGUGUACAAAAACCCAGGUGUGCCUGAACUUGAAAAAAGAAAAACAAAACAAAACAAAAAAACAGUGACUUUUUUUCUUGUGAAAAAUUAAAUAUCAGUGUUAAAAUUGUUUAUAGAAGUACAGAUUUUAAAGCAAAACUCACCCAUCAACUUGUUAGACUUGUUACUGAGACAUCCCAGGUUGUUUCGUUUUGUUUGUUUGUUUUUAUUUGGUCAAUGUUACUAAUCUUGUUCUUGUUUAAAACAUUUUAACCUGUAAAGAUGAGAAAGAUUUCUAUACCUUUUUAUUGCCAAUGAAGUUUCCUAAAUCAGUAUUUUAUUGAGUUCUACGAACAAAAACCUCUGCACUACAGUAUUCCUGGUUUACCUAUGGAUACAUGCCUCAUGCAUUGUAUGCCCUUCAGUGUUAUAUAUGUACACUAGCUAGCGAGAUGUUGUUCGUGUUAGUGUUAGUCUUUGCUAGCUAGCAUUACUUUUGUUUUCAGUUUGACUGUUAGCCUUAAGGAAAACAAAGUAUUCUUGGGGAGGGUUGUGGGCGGGAUGGGGAGUCCGGGAUGGGAACGUGGCUUCUGUACGCCAUAACCAAAUUUGUCCUAUCAGGGAAGGUAGAGUCACAACCUCAAAGCCAGCAUCAGGCACCUGUGUUUUGCAACCCGGCGUAGCCCCGAACGGGGGGCGUAGUCUCCAGGUGAAGAUUCAAAAGCAGACAUCGCCCGCGGUUCCACAAACACAGGAGCCAGUUCUUACCAAGCUUCUCCUUAUUUUGGCUUCAGUUCUCAGUCAGUGUUUCAGUGUUAUUAGCUUAUAUACGAAGUCAUACUGUACGUGAAGGAACGGGGCUGUUUCCUGCUCCACCCCAAUGCCUCCAGCCUUAUGCAAGACCUGUGUGCUGUUAAAAGUGCCAUUGAACAGUGUUAUCAUUUCUUCUUCACACAUGUAGCCAGUAUUAUGUCCCUCUGUUACUCAAACAAGACCCAUAUUGACUAAUGUUUGUUGACUUGCACAGAACAGCAGAUUUACGUCACAGUAAUGGAAAGAUAGCUCCUGUGAAAUUAAUGCAAAUGUUUUUGAGGCCUUGAACAGUUUUUGAACCACACGUGAAAGUUGGGAAACGUAGUAUUAGGGCUGCAACUAACAAUUAAUUUUAUUAUCAGUUAAUCUGCCUGUUAUUUUGUUUAAUAAUCAUUUAGUUGUUUUGUUUACAAAAUGUGAGAAAAUAGUGAAAAUGCACAUUAUAAUUAUCUUAAAAUGUUUUUUUUUUCUGACCAACAGGCCACAGCUCAAACACAUUCACUUUACAGUGAGAAAGGCAUCGAUUUUCAGAGAUUGGUCAGGUGUUUGUUUUGUUUUUGUUCUGUUUUUUGUCCAAAAAGUCUGAACGAAACAAUGUGACUCAACUAAUCAACAGUCAAUUAGUUGUACUAGUUUUUCAAAGUGAGCAGCAAAUUCUCACGAUGAAGAAGCUGAAAACAGAGAAGUAACAAAUGAUUAAUCUGCCGUGGAUUAUUUUUCUGUCAGUAAUCUAACUGAGCGACAGAUUGUUUCAGAUCUACAGGUUAAAUCCAUGUAAAUUGAUACUUUUGGUCCAGUUAGCGGAUGUUUUAGAACUUGCACGUUCUUUGUUAUGGAGUCAUUUUCAGUUAGUUGAACGUCCUUGUUGCCCAACAGUCAAAAAUCCUGUUGAAAAGUAAAAUGUGUGUGAACUGUUGGAAACCAGAAAUCAGAAGUCGAGUCCAGACUGAGCUGACUGUGGAUAGACAAUGCCUUGUAACCGUGAGAUAAUCAGUUUCCCACUGAUGUUAAAAGUUAAUUUUUGACUUAACGUCACGAGUUAAAGUUUUAGAAAUGUUUACAUAAGUGCUUAAAAACAGAAAACACAGUGCUGUUAAUGCAGAGCGAAGAAUUUGAAGCUAAAACGUCUCUGAUCGUGAAGGAGUUUGGUUCAGGAGGAAACAGAAAGACACAAAGCCGAGAUCAGUUUAACAGAUUUUUCAGUAACAGGAUAAUUUGUCAGACGUGCACUUGUUUUUAGCACAGUUAAAAAAAUUAAAAUAAAAAUAGUUGCAAGCUGUCCCGCACUUCAGGUAACAAACGUUAGUGAAUGUGGUCUCUGUCAAAGUGUUUUCAGUUGAUUUUACCGAACAGUGUUUAUAGUUUGUCUGUUUUUUUGUGUGUCCUUGGUAUGUGUUUUUUUCUUUUCAACAAUGGCAGUAUUAGAACCCUUUUCACAGAAUAAAAAAAAUGUACCUGUUUAGUUUUUAGAAGACUUUUUUAUAUUUAUGUGUCUUAUUUUUAUAUUUUCUUUUAUGGUUAUUUAUUACACAUUGUAGUGUACAUUACUGUAGUUUGAAUUGAUACAAUAAUAUAUUUUAGUAUGAAAAAUAAUCUCAAGACAAACAAAAAAAAUCCCAAAUUGUGGUUCUGGGAGCUGAAGUUUGUUUUAACAAAAAAAAAAACACAAAAAAGAUAAAACAUGUAUUCUGUAAACAUGACUUCUGUUUUAAGCUGAAAAAAAAGAAAAAAGACAGGAAUGAAUUGAGAAAUAGAAACUGUUACAUGUGCAUCCGCUCUUUGCGUCGUUAUGAAGCUACUGAAUUCUAAAACUCUGUGAUUUUAAAAGCAUGAGUCGUCGCUGUUUUAAUGAAGGAUCUUGCUAUGAAGACGUUACUCCUCCCUUUUUAUUUCGAAGCCAAAUUUAGCUCGUCCCGCCACCGUUUUCUGUUCUGUGCCAACUCGUUCCAUUGUACUGUCGAAGGCUGCAUAUUGUUUGUCCUCUACACACCCUUUGUAAAUCCACUGUCUUUUUGUAUUGUUUUUACUUUAGUUUUGCUCCAUUUUUAUGACUCCCCAUCACAAUAAAAUAUAAGACAGCA